CAAAAAUGAGUUAUUUGCAAACAAACUUGGGUUGGUUUUGCAACCUCAUUCAGUUUCCAAAAAGUAAAUCCGGUUUGACAUGGCACACCCAAAAGGGUGAAUGAAAAAACGAAACCAAUCCAAACUACAGGAGAGGAGGAGUGGCCCUGCAACAGGAACCACAACACCUUUCUUCCUCCCCAGAUCAUGUUAUCGUUCCAAUGAAGUGAAGUUGAGUCGUCAAGCUGCAGACUGAGAGACCCAAGAGGCACGAAGGAAGAAUAAGAUGGCAGAACUCAACGGUGUUCUGGUCCGAACAGCCGUGUUCCUCAUGGUGGAGGUCCUCGUUCAGGGAGACACCCAGGUGGGCUGUGUGUUUGGGGGCAGCUGCGUGCUGCCUGGCCGCUUCCAGCCAAACAGUGACACGAUCCUCCACUGGGUCAAGAAGAAUGGGAAUAACGUUCAGGUCCACUCCUACUACGAUGACCAGGACCAACUGGGACACCAGGACCCUCUCUACAAGGGAAGGACCUCCCUGUUCAAUGAACAGAUCUCAAGGGGCAACGCAUCCCUUGGUCUGACCAGGGUGAACCUCCAGGACCAGGGCAGGUACCUGUGUUACGCCAGCACUUCACAGUACAACCAGGAGACCUUCGUCACCCUGAUAGUGAGAGCUGCUGUUUCAAGAGUGGACAUUGUGCUAGUGAACAACACUGUAACCUGUAAGUCGGGAGGAAUCUUCCCAAGACCACAGCUCACCUGGUCCGUCAGUCCUCACCCAGCUACUGUCCUCCAGAACACAACCGAGGUCCAUGAAGAUGACCAGGGACUCUAUGACAUCAGCGGCGUCUUAACGACUGUUUACAGUGACACAGAAUCAACCUAUUGUUGUUCAGUCCAAAACGAAAACUGUGCAAGGAAAGCCAGGAUGAGGUUACACCCUCCAAUGCAAAGUGCUCCCAAGAGUGAGGUGUUACUCCCUUGUGACGCCUCGGGGCUCGAUGACAUCACCUGGACCUUCAACCACAACCAGACCAUCCUCAGAAGACAAGCAGGACAAGAGAAGGUGGUGGAAACAGAGUGGCAGCAGCAUGUAAGAGACCUGUCUGAAUCAGGCAGCCUCCUGCUGUAUGUGACCUCAUCAGCCCAGAGUGAAGGGACGUACAGGUGUACUCUCAGGUACGCAGACAAAGAAGACGUAACCCACAUUGAACUGAAGAUACUACAGGACCCUUUUGAAGAGGGAUCUUUGGUCGCAUUAGGAGUCAUCUUUGUAGUUAUGCUCGCAGUUAUCUCCGGGAUCGUAAUCUUCAUUAUCAGGAGAAUAAAAUUCAAACAAAAGAAAACAACAAAAACCAGUACACCUAAAGAGAUGAUCCCAGGUGAGACAAGUCUGUUUCCAUUAAUGUACCUCUGGUAUGAAACAACAGAACCUCAGAAUGAAGAGACUGGAACCCCCUAGAAAACAAAGAUUGUAUGUUUGCUUUGUGGUGAUUUUGCCUCAGUAAAACAAGGGUGAUGACGUGUACUGCUGCAGAUGUUGUAGGCUUACCUCUUGGGUUAGAAAGCUUAAAGUUGUUAACAGCUUGCAGAUGCACUGUGAGAUUUAGCUUUUUGCUAAAACUC